GUGCGCUUUCAUAGCUGAACAUGACCUGUCUCUCACCAUUUCACAACCGCUGGUGGAGUUGAUCCAGUCGUGUGCCACUGAUAAGAGUGCCCUAGCAAGGCUGUCUGUUUCCAAUUCACAUGCAUCUUACACAUGGCAUAUCUGCACUGUACAAAUCUGAACUGUCAACCAAACUGCAAGGAAUUCAUUUCUCAUUAAACGUGGACGAGGCAACAAAUGCUAAUAUGGAUCGAAUUCUUAAUGUCCUUAUAUAGAUAUUUUGAUGAAGAGAAAAAUAAGGUUUUAACUCUCCAUCUUGCCUCAAGAAAAGCCAAUGUAGCAGAUUCAAAAACCCUGAAUGAAAUACUGUCUGAUAUUCUUGACACCUACUCUUUAAAUAGGACCAGGCUGUGUCGGUUCUGCUGAACAACUGUAAUGUACUGAGAGGAAAAAAAUCUGGAGUGGAAACACUAAUUAGAAAAGAAAAUCUUUCCCUGCUUGACAUCAGUGGAGACACAGUUCACAUGGCAUCCAAUGCAGCCAAGGCCUUAUUUGCUCCAUUUGAUAGUUAGCAGACAUGUAUACUGUGACAUUAAAAAGUUCCAAAAACAAAAACACCUUUUUAACGAACUUCAGUCCCUGCUACAUUUGGAACCCAAAUCCCUGAUGUGUCCAGUUGGCACCACAUUCCUGCAGAUGCUGGAUGUCUGCGACCGGUUGCAAGAGCUUUUGGAUCCAUUCAACGUCCAUUAUUACAGCAUCCUCUCACCACAAGAUAAAAACCAAUACAGUGAGCUUCUCAACCAAAUAUUCCAAAAGCAUAGCAUUACACCCAAAGAGAGGGCCAGGAUAAACAUUCUGCAACACAACAUCAGCAAAUCUGCAACUGUGGGAAACAGCGAGAAUAAGAACCGAAAAGACAGCAUCUGCGUUCUCUUUUGGGAACAUGAAAGGCUCACCAAUAUGAUCGACCUAUGCAGAGGUUUUACGGAUAGAAGCUUUUUGACUCUUUUGAAGAAGAUGCCUGAUUUGGAGCAACUGUAUGGCCUCCACCCUCGGUACCUGGAAAGGAGACGUGUCAGAGGUUAUGAUGCUUUUAGUAUUCCUGGAGUGCUGGAGGCACUACAAGCAUGUCCUAAUCUGCUGGGUGUUGAGACGUCUCAUCUGGAACUAGUAGAAUCCAUCUUGAACUAUAUGCCUCAGGUUCAUAUUCUGGGAAAGUUCCGUAACCGGAAUGGGGCUUUCCCAAUUCCUGCUGAGAAUAAACUCACAAUCCCUGUAACUGCAAAACUCCAGACAUUACACCUUGUGGGUGUGAAUGUUCCAGAGAUCCCCUGUGUGUCUAUGUUGCGACACCUAUAUCUAAAGUGGGUCCGUCUUACCAAGCCACAACCAUUUAAGGACUUUUUGUGUGUGAACUUGAGGUCCUUUGUGAUGAGGAAUUGUGCAGGGCCAACCAAUUCCCUGAAAUAUGUACCCCUGGUUACGGGUUUGGCAUCAGCCCGAAACUUGGAGCAGCUGGAACUGGUGAGGGUUCCUUUCCUGGGAGGCCUUAUUCAACAUGUGGUGGAGGACAGCUGGAGGUCAGGAGGAUUUAGAAACCUUCACACUAUUGUGUUUGGAGCUUGCAAGAAUGCCUUGGAAGUGGACUUGGGCUACCUCAUUAUCACUGCUGCCCGCAGGCUUCAUGAACUACGAAUCCAACCUUCACUUACAAAAGAUGGAGUCUUCUCAGCUCUAAAAAUGGCUGAACUUGAGUUCCCUCAGUUUGAGACGCUCCAUUUAGGAUAUGUGGAUGAUUUCCUCCUUCAAUGUAAAAUGAGCCACUUGGAGUUGGUGAAAUAUGGCCUUGCUGAUGUUAUUGAGAAUCCUGGUAUCAUCACGGAUAUCGGCAUCAAGGUGGUAAAUGAGGUGUUCACUAAUAUAAAAUAUUUGCUCAUCUACAACUGUCCUCAUCUUCAUAACCCUCAUCAGUGGAUCACAGAUCAUUCCAGAUGGAGCCGUCUUGUUGAUCUUACAUUGGUUCGUUGCCAUGCUAUCAAGCUGGAAUCUUUCUGCCACUUCAUAGAAUUACUUCCCUGCCUGGAGUUCAUCUGUUUGGACCAAAUGUUCAGAGAGCCACCAAAGGGCUGUGCCAGGGUGGGUCUGAGCGCAGGAACUGGUAUUGGUGUGUCAUCUGCACUUGUAAGCAACCAGAAUGCCAGCCAUGACAAUAACCAGCACCAUCACCCUAAUGAGGCCAACAUGCCUCCUGCUCCUCCACCUGCCAAUAAUAUCAAUAACAACCAAAGGCAGCAGCAGCAUGAUGAGCCACUCGAAAUAAAUGGAUUGCAGGAAGAAGAUGAAGAUGAAGCAGACGAGGUUGUAUAUGAGGAGGAGAAAAUUGAAAUUGAGCCUCAUUUAGACCUGAAAGAAACAGAAGGGAGAAUGGGAAUAAAAAACAUUUGUCAAGCUGGAACAUCACAACCUCCUGAUGAGGAACAACCAGGCCCCAGCGGUUUAAACCAGCAGCAUAAAGUACCUGGUGCUGUCGCUCCUAAACUUCCACUUGUUGUCUCAGACUCUGAUAGUGAGGAAGAGGAAGGUCUUGUUUCACGGCUGAUACCACCUAUCUGUGUGCAGGAGCCAGCUUCCUGUGCAAAAGGUAAAGGAAAGACUCCCCUACGACGAUGCAACAGCAUUGCUUUCUCUGAUCCGGGAAAUGCUCAAGUGUCACAGAGCACCUGUGAGAAGAGCUGUCAGGUAACCAGCGAACAGAUUAAGGCAGACAUAAAGGCUGCUGCAGAGAACUGCAGGAGAUCUGGCAGUAAAGAAAGGACCUCUGAGAUUGUUGGGGCCACUGUAAGACAAGGAGCAGACAGUGGGUCAGUACAAAGCACUGGCAGUACCGGGGCAGCGUCAAGCAGCAGAACAAGGCCUAUAAUUGGAUCUUUGAGUAUGGUAGGAGCUGGCACGGCUCACUCUGGACAUACAGAUAGAUUUGGGAAGUUAACUGACAGGAACACCAAACCAACCACUAAAAGAUCUACUCCAUGCAAUAGGACCAAUGACUAUGCCAAGUCUGGCACACAGAAAGGGGACAGUUUCACAAGUGAGAAAGAGAAGAGUUCUGGUCCCAUCAUUGUGGAUAACCUGACUUCAGCCUGUGCUUCUACUGGGUCGUCGACGCUACAGGAAAGACACAGAGGCAGACAACUAACCAAUGCUGGGUUAACAUCUGUUAUUUGUUCCCAGCAUAAUAAGGGCUCAAGGGACUUUGUUCCAAGACGGCCUUUAACAAGAUCUUGCACGCACACCUCUAUGGAGUGUUUAGAAUCUGAAUCAGGUGAUGAUCUUUCAAAAGCUAGGCCUCGAGUAAAAGUAAAGAGAAAACGGAUGGUUGACAAAUCAACCAGCACAUCAGACCCAGUCACUGAGGAUGAUCACGUACAGGUUUUGUCCCUGAAGAGUAAGAACCUGGUGGGCAUCACUCUGACCAACUGUGGAAUUACUGACCUGGUCCUCAAAGACUGUCCCAAGAUGAUGUUCAUUCAUGCCACUAGAUGUCGUGUUUUGAAGCAGCUGAGAAUCGAAAGGGCACCCAUAGUAAAUAGAUUCGAUUUUGCUCAAUGUAAGAAGCUAGACAUGGAGCAGGUUCUAGAUCAGAUACUAAGAAUGCCUCCAGAGAGAAACCGCAUUAUCUACAUGCGUCCUAUGCAUCAGAUUGACUCUGUAGCACUGGAGCGGCAUCUUUUCCAGGGUCCAUAUCCCUAUCAUAUCGCUGUGGUGCAUGAAUUCAGCAACCCGCCAAAUAUACGCAACAAAGUCCGCAUUCGCAGCUGGAUGGACACCAUAGCUAAUAUCUGCCAAGAGUUAAUCAAGUAUGAGUUUUUCCCAGAAACCACAAGAAGAGAAGAUGACAUGAAGAAGUAUCCCAAAUACCCAUGGGGUCGGAACAUCUACACACUGGAGGGAGUUGUUGACGGAGCUCCAUACAGCAUGAUAACAGAUUUUCCCUGGCUAAGGACUCUGAGAGCAGCUGACCCCAACAGCUACGCCCGCUGUGACUUUGAGGAUGAUGAAAGCACCACUAUCUAUGCUCCACGGCGUAAAGGGCAAUUGUCUGCUGACAUCUGCAUGGAAACAAUUGGUGAGGAGAUCUCAGAGUGCAGACAGAGCAAGAAAGGAGUGUUCCAGAGAGUGGUGGUUCUCUUCCUGCAUCAUUGUGAUAUGCCUGGAGAGCCUGUGGAUGAUGACUAUAUCUAGACAAGAAGAACUCUGAACCCCAGGGUCCUGACCUAAAGGUGUUUCUGAAUGUAACAAUAGCUUUGGAAAGCAGUAGGUUAGACCUGUCUUUCUGUGCAAAAUUGUAUUAGGUACCUGAAGAAAAGGGGGUAGAUGCUUUGAAAUAAUGAUGGUAAGCUUGUGUCGGACCACCAAAGUGCUGAACCUACAAUUUUAUUUACAUCAGUAAGGUGAAAACUACAUUCUUUGGAUGCUGAUGAUUACCUUACCAAAAAUAAAAAAGGUACAUUAAUCUUAGAUUACCUAAAGUUCCUCACUGCUGAUUUUAUUUUUAAAAAGUGUUCUAGUGCUUCUGAUGGUAGAAUACAUGCAAACAAAUGAUGAUGCUUUAUUUGCUCUGAUCUUUUUUUCCACAAUCUAUUAUUGAAAACAAGUUUUCAUUUAUUUCUUUUUUUAGUAAUCUUUUGGAGUUGAUUUUGUUUUCUCUUCAUGUAAACAUGAUUUUGGAUCUUUUAAAAAGCAGAGCUUGUGAAUGACAGGUUACAGUAGUGAUUUAACCCUCAAUUUCAUAUGUGCUACAGAGUUGGAUUUCUGUUGAAUCCUUUAAUGGGUUUUUGAAGAAUACAUUUUUUUUUUAUUCGCUAAAGGUUUUUUAGUUUUUCUUUACAAUUUGCUUUUUGACAGAUUUUUGUAGUUUUAUCCUGAAAUUCUUCAUCACUUAAUAAAAAAUGUUUCUGAUUUCAAGAGAUGAACCUGUGUAUUCUGCAUAUAAUUAACUCAGCAAAGAAAUCAAAUGAAAAUUGAUAUUCACAGUAUGUUGCUUGCCGCGUGCAAGAGACAUGAUCUUGUUAAAAAAAAAUUGUGAAAUAAAGUUAUUUCCCAGAU